CUGAUAGGCUAUAUAUUUGUUAGGUCGAGCGUGAUUCCUGUCAGUUGCUACGUGUGCGUCAGACAGGUGUGAAUUGGCAUCCCUCCGACUUGGAAAAUUCACCUUUUGCAGGUGAGGCGUUUCAUGCACAUUACAAUCAUAUGGAUUUCCUGACAAGCAGAAAAAGGUUAAUAUAAAAUGUAUAAAAUUCCCUUUUCCAUCAAAUCGAAGGAAAACUACCACUGUAAAUGUAGCCUAGUUAUUAUCCUAUGGUUUCAUUACAGCUCUAAAGAACCUGCAGACAUGUGUGCGAGGAAUAUGGACAUGUCAAACGAAGGGAGUGGGUGCGUAAAUCAGCUUGGAGGGAUGUUUCUAAAUGGCAGGCCACUUCCAGCUUAUAAAAGAAGGAAAAUGAUCGAACUUGCUUCGGAAGGUGUGCGCCCAUGCGAGAUCUCCAGAAUUCUUCAGGUGUCAAAUGGCUGUGUCAGCAAGAUCCUAAGCAGGUACCACAAAACUGGCCUCCUGGACCCAAAGGCGAUCGGAGGCAGUAGUCCUCGUCUCCUCACCCCAGAAGUAAUCUCGAAAAUAAUCGAAUGCAAGAAGGAAAACCCCACUAUAUUCGCCUGGGAAAUACGAAAAAAGCUCGCAGCCGAAAGAAUCUGUAAGUCGGCCAAAGUUCCCAGUGUAUCCUCUGUAAAUCGAAUUCUCAGGAAGAUUCAACUGGACACUGAGAUGAGUGUGGAGUUUUCCGCGCACCACCCUAGAAACCCAGUGGAGAACCCGAAACAGGCAGUAGUGAAUGAGAUGGAGGAGAUGGAGACAGUUGACGUGAACGAGUCCCGAACCCUGCAUCGCAACCGCACCACCUUCACCCAGGAGCAGUGCAUUGUAUUAGAGCAAGAGUUCACACAGAACCAUUAUGCAGACAUAUUCACCAGGGAAAGGCUGUCAUCUGAGAUCCAACUUCCAGAGGACAUUAUCAAGGUCUGGUUCUCAAACAGACGAGCAAAAUGGAGGAGGGAAGCUAAGCAUAACAGUGGUGUCCACAGAGCACAUAUUUCAGCUCUGAUGAACCAAAAGAACAAAGAUGUGAUUUCAGUUAAGACAAUAAUGAAGACAAUGAGAACAAUGACAGCAAACAACCCAGUGACUGAACCAACUCACUGGAGGCAGCGCGACGGUUCGCUGGUUCAAUCUGACACUUCAUGCUCAGAAGAAUCCCAGACCUAUGGUUCAGAUUCCACAACAGGGAGAGGUGUAGAAGGAACAGAGGUGUUGAGCUACAGAUCCAUCACCACGCCUCUUCCAUCCCCAUCUUCUCAAUACUCCUCAUUUCCAUCAAUCCAUCACCAGGAUGAGACGACUCCAUUGGCUGAGAGAUUCGCAUUCCCAUUGGCUCAUCAUUACACAGAUUGACGCUGAACGGGCCAGACGCUGAACAGAUCUGUAGUGCCUGCAGCUUCUCGUCUCUGCUGGGGCAGAUGGUCGGUCACUAGCAAUAUCAUAAACAGGAUAUGGACAAGCUGUCUUCACUUGGGGAAAAGGAAGGAAGGACGGAAAGGAGGGGGAGAAACAAGCAGGUACUGUAAAUGAGAGGGACUGAUGGACGGACAGACAGACAGUCAGGGAAGAAGGGAGGGAGAUAGAGGGAG